UAAAGAUAUCACCACCAAAAAAGGAAUUUAAGUUGUAUAUAUAAUGUGCAUGCGUUGAGCCUCUAUAAGUGCAGAAAAGAAACAUCACCACAUCACUUAUAAACUUAUGGAGCAAAAAAUAUUCUCUCUUCUGCUUGUAUACAGAGAGUUCAAGCCACACCUGCUCAUGGUCUUAACCCAAGUUGGCUAUACUUUAAUAUUUUUUAUCACUCAAGCUUCGUUCAAUCAUGGAAUGAGUCCUUAUGUUUAUGUUACGUACCGGCACGUUGUCGCUGGGAUUGCGAUGUUUCCUUUUGCAUACUUUCUGGAGAGAAGUGCAAGACCAAAGCUGACAUUUGCUCUUUUGGUGGAGAUUUUUGUGCUUUCAGCAUUAGGGAUCAGUUUGUCUAUCAAUUUGUACUUUGCAAGCUUAAAGUAUACUUCUCCAACAUUUCUUGCUUCCAUGUACAACACCAUAGCUUCCCUAACUUUCAUUAUUGCAGUGGCGCUCAGGUUUGAGGUUAUUGAUCUUCGAAAUCCACGUGGCAUAGCAAAAGUACUUGGGACCUUGAUCUCCUUAGCUGGUGUUAUGACCAUGACACUAUACAAAGGACCUAUAAUGAGAAAUUUGUGGGGUCCUCUAAUCCAUAUUCAACAGAAAAGUGCUUCUACCCAUGAGAGUUGGUUAAAGGGUUCACUUGUUACAAUUUCAUGUUGUGUCACAACUUCUAUAGGCUACAUUAUGCAGGCAUCUACUCUAAAAAGAUACCCUGCUCAAUUAUCACUCACUACAUGGAUGUGCUUUAUGGGAGCAGUACAAUCAGCUGUUUUCACAAUAAUAGUAGAACAUGAUAACCCUUCAGCAUGGAUUAUAGGAUUCAACAUUGACUUGUGGUCCAUAUUAUAUGGGGGGAUUUUUGUUGCUGGUUUGUUGACGUACAUUCAACUGUGGUGCACUGAGAAAAAAGGACCAGUUUUUGUUACAGUCUUUAACCCUCUUUCUACCAUAUUUGUGGCAAUUCUAGCAUACUUUGUCCUUGGUGAAAAUUUUUAUUUGGGCAGCCUCAUAGGUGCAUUUAUUGUCAUCAUGGGUUUGUAUUUGUUGCUGUGGGGGAAAGAAGGUGACAAAGAGAUUGAUUUGAAGACCAAGCAGUGCAAUAGUAGUGAAAACCAACAACUUGAAGUGUAUGCAUCCAAGUGAGAAUAAGAUAAUAUUUGUAUAUCAUGAUGAGGAUUUGUAGGCUAUUUCUAGCAAUAAUUUUUUUUCUUCCAAAGAAAGCUUAUUUCAAAUUUCAUAUCUAGAUCAACAAAAACUCUAGCAUUACAAAACUAAAUAUUAGGAUGGUUCCGAUUAUUCAUGCAAUUAAAAAUUUGUCAUGAAAUCAGAAUAGUUAUAGGGAAAUGCUAACAUAUGCUCUAAAGGUAUCUAUUAAUAUAUUAAAGAUAAAAAUUAUAUAUCA